AUGGCCGAGAACGCAGCCCUGGAAAAGGUGGUCAUUGUCAAGGCGGACGAAAUACCUGACCGGGAUGCCUCACUAUCUGGGGAGGAUCGCGAAGCUCGUUAGGAAAUGCGAUCUGAGACUCAUUCCAUGGCUAUGUCUGAUCUAUCUGCUUUGCUUUCUUGAUCGAACGAACGUCGGUACGAUGAGCUCCUGCAACCUGAAAGUUAACCAAGUUGAUCAGGGACAGGUAACGCCAGGCUCGCGGGCAUGGAGAAAGAUCUGCAGAUGAAAGGUAACGACUACAACGUUGCGCUUACCGUCUGCUUCAUUUCGUAUGCGGGAGCUGAGCCCUUCACAAACUUGCUUUUGAAGCGAAUCACGCCGAGGGUCUUCUUCACCGGCACGGUCUUCAUCUGGGGUAGGUUGUGCCUGGCGGUUUUUGUCUGCAAGAGGGAGCCAUAAUUUGACGGAUACUCUAGGCAUUUGCAUGAUGUGCAUGGGCUUCGUUCACAAUUACUCUGGCCUACUUGCUGCAAGGUGGUUCCUGGGUAACACUGAAGCUGGGUUAUUUCCAGGGGUGUAUGUAUCUCCGCUAGCUUCUUGCGAGUAGAGAUAGAUGCUAACUAAUAUCGCCUCGUAGGCACUACUAUCUGUCAUGAUGGUACAAGCGAUCCGAGCUUGGACUUCGCCUCUCCGUCUUCUUUGCCAACGCCGCUCUCGCUGGUUCCUUUGGAGGCCUGUUGGCUGCAGCAAUCGCAAACAUGGAUGGCCUAGGCAGCAAGUCCGGUUGGGCGUGGAUCUUCAUAAUCGAAGGCUUGACCACUGUCCUCGUAGGAAUCGUUUCGUGGUGGAUGGCUUUUGACUGGGUAAGAUGACUCUACUUUGCAAAGGUUUGGCUGCUUUUGACAAAAUGUAGCCUAAUACUGCGACAUUCCUUACGAAGACGAGCGAAGCCGUCGGCUCAAGACAAGCUAUCUAGCGAAGGAUCCGAGUAUCACAAGCGUCAUGUCGUUGCUACUUUGACAGACUGGAAAUGCUGGGCGUACUGCGUUACUGAGAUGGGCAGCUUUAUGCCGUUGCAUGCUUUCAGUCUCUUCUUGCCCACGAUCCUCUCUGGAAUCGGUUACGAAGGGACGCGCGCCCAGCUUCUGGUAAGUCAUGAGCUUAGACGAACUUUUGCGACGCUGCCGGAACUGAAUCUGACGUUCUCCUUUCUCUACAGAGCGUUCCACCGUACGCAUUGGCAAGAGGCAGCGCAUCUCCGUCAACGGCCAAGAGUAUUGCUGAAACUUUCAGGCUGCUGCGAUGACCAUUGUCGUCGGCUGGAUUGCAGAUCGAACUCGACAAGGCGCUAUUUGUAACACGAUCGUUGUGAGCUUCGGCAUUGCUGGCUUCGUCAUAUUGCUCGCUAGUCAGAAUCCCCAUGUCCAGUAGCUAGUCCCGCGACGCUAAGCAAAGACAAUUGAUGAGCUGAUGUUCCCAGAUACGCCGGCACACUUCUUGGUGCUAUUGGCAUCUACCCAUCGAUCUCGAACAAUCUUUCGUGGGCCGCGAACAAUGUCGAGGGCCCGUACAAGCGCGGCGUGCUACUGGUGUUGUCGUGGGUUGGUGAAACCUCAGCGGUGAGCAUUCUCUCACCAGCCUCUCUCGACAUUACACUGACCGAAGAACAGGCAUCGUCUCCUCCAACAUCUACAUCAAAUCCGAAAAGCCUGGUUACAAGACUGGCCACGCCACUGUGCUGGCUUACCUCGUCUUGUGCCAAUUUUGCGGCACGGCUUUCAUUCGUACCAUGCUUGCCCUCGAGAGUAGGAAACGCAAGGCUGGUAAGGGAGACCACCUUACGGAUGCCGAAGGUGACCAGAGGGCGGACUUUGUUUCCACUCUUUGAGAGGUUGAGCCUCGAAUCGACACAUCGUGAUUUUGGAGCGGGAUAGAUCGAAAUCCUGCCUGAAAAUACGACGAGCAAACUUCGGACCCCGACGGCAAAAACUUUUGACGGGCGCACUUUGGCUAUUUGCUAGGCGCAGUUCGUAAGGAACGUGAACGUACGGUGGUAGACGCUUACUCACCCAUCUCCGUCCCUGUACUGUCGCUAUCCCUGCCUCUAACUGCCUCGGUAUAGCUCUAUAUACCUAGAUCACGCGUAGAAGUGCAUUCAAGGAGAGCAUAUAUAUUACCCUACCGUUAUCCCCUUUCGAAGAUAGCUUGAUAUUAAGAGCCGCUCUUCGAGAGAACGCGUUUAUAGCUACGUAUCAAUUAUUAUAGGUAUUUCUAUUUCGAACUAAGAUGUCGUUAAAAGGCAGUGGGCCGUAGGUAGCGAGACAUAGUAGAUAUAGUAGUAAGGUUGUAGGUACGAGGGUAUACGAACGGAGCGAGAUCCAGCGAUUAUACUACUAAUCGGCUAUACGAAUAUGGAAGCACGCUGACCAGGUAUUACAGAGCAUCACAACUGCGCCCGUUAUAUAGCCAAAGUGCGCCCGGCGAAUAGUUUUUUGCCAGCCCGAAGGGUCUCACUACUAGGUAGGGAGAUAGCAGGGGAGGAAAGCUUUUACGAGUGCGAAUGAAUCUAGAUUUCCCUUUCAACUAUUGACUAGCACCAUUUUCGCCAUAUACAUGGCACCACUCUCGCUAUAUAAAGAAGGGGAGGCGGUCCUCGCUGAGCCUGAGGGCGCCCCACCCGUUCAAGCAAAAAACGUCUAACAUGCAGCUCCUCCUCGCACUCACCUCGCUCUUCGCAGCCGGCCAUGCCUGGCAACUCGUGUUCCACGCCGACUAUAACUGCAAAGGAGCAUGGCAUGCGGCUAGCGGUGGGGGAUCAGCUCACUGCGCCACUCCGGGAUCCAUUCCCUCAGGAUUCGACGCGAAGACUGUGAAUAUCCACAAUAUGCCCAGCAACUGUCAGCUCAACGUGUACACGGACGCCAAUGGGCAGUGUAGACAAGUCGUGAGGCAGUGGGCUGCGUACAACAAGGGUACACAGGGUUGUCAUGCGUGAGUGCUCCGGAUCCGUCGAUGGUUCCUCGUUCUCCAGCUGAUGGGGUCUAGUCUCGGAGCGAACAAGGAAGGCAAAUGGAGAAAGUUCAGUGUUUCGUGCUAAAAGGAGAGAAGUCGUGAGCGACAAUAUGAUGUUGGGCUUUCACGUGAGACUAUGAUCCCACAAUCGAAUGUCACCCUCGACGUGCCCGGCAUAUUAUCGGAAUUUGAAAGCCCUGCCUCGGGUACCGAACGGGGGAAGAAAACUUGUCACUCCCCUAGUGGAGCACUCAUCUUUGAGGCACUUCCGCAGCCUUCACAGGAUCUCUGCACCCGAAUUUGGUUUUAGUUACAUCUAUUUACGAUACAGCGUCAUGCACUCAUCACGUGAGCACACGCCCUCAUAGUAUGUUGCUUUCCAAGAUGUAUGAUGGGGUUUCAGAGCAGUUGCUGACAUAUGCCACCAGGUUUAACGGUUAGAACAUAGGUCUCAUAUACAUUUCAAUGACCGAGUGUACCUCGGAUAUAUCCUAUGAUAUGCGGCGAUCCUAAGAUCUCAGUUCGAUUCUGAGUGAGGGCAGACUUUUUAAUCCAAUCUUCCUUUUGCUUUUCUCUAAGAAGCCGAAGGCGGCGAUUUCUUUUUGUGCAAGAGGGGCGAUAAGUUUAUGUCGUCGGACUAGCACACGCAUCAGUACGAACGUCAGUGGGAAGCAGGUUCAAAGGUUUUGGAGGGAUGAACCAACCAAAAGACCAAGAGGUUCUGUCGAUUGUGAAAUGAUGGGAUCAAGCGAGCGGAGAGGGCCUUGUUGUUGGAGCAGCUCUCGUGGUGAUUGACAGAAUGACAGCCUCGAGCCUUGGAAAAGCAUAGAGUUCCAAUUCUUCCGCUGUCUCCUUUGCAACUGCCCAAUUGGGUGCGUGAGAAAGAGUCCUUUCUUCUCUCCUUAUACAAGACCGAAAUUGCUAAGGAAGCGAUUCAACCAAGUCAAGUAGUACUGGUCGUUUUCCAUAUGUGUAUACUGCUGAUUAGUCUCAAAUGAGAUCCAACGGCCUUCCCAAAAGACUUGACACUUUGAUGCAGAGAUGAUGAGGAUCUGUCGUCGCGGCUGGCAAGGUUGUACACGCGCAGCUGUUGGGACGGUCCGUCUGAACAGAUACGGGAAAUGUGGAUUCCGAACAUACGCAGUAGCCGAAACUGAUGCCCUGGUCUGUAUCGAGCUUCUGAGUGCUGUAAGAGAUGAGCGCGUUAUUGGUUGUUGUCGUCUGAUCGGUCGAAGAACGUGCAGUCGUAGCUGAGGCUAUCAUCUGUGGCCGUACCAGCGGGUCGCAAGCCCAGUAGCAAUCCAAUUCCCAGAUACCACAUCCAUCGAGUUUUCCUUAUGUUGGAUACAUUUCCCACUACCCAACUUUUCAGUGCUCCACUCAAUGUAGGCUAAGGUGUUGUGAUAGCUCCCUCGAAGCAGGCGAAACUUGCGCUUGGUCCGAGAACUUGUCCGAACGGCGGCAUGGGAAGGGUUACCAAUCCUCCGACGCUCGUCUAGAGCCAAAAUAAGUGCAUCGUGGGCGAUUUCAGUCUGCAAAAGCAGAUUCCUGCAAGCGAGUGUGCGCAAAUGGAGAUGAGGUAGAAUUCUAGAAUUCUGCUUUCGGACAAUAGUUUAUCCGAGCAUCAAAUGGGCUUGGCAAUAACGUCUCCUCUCUCGCGUCACUGCUCCUCUCACUUUCUACCUCACUCUCCCCGACGACUUCAUUCACUCCACCAUCACCACCACCAUCACCGUCACCACCACCAUCGUCACGACAAUCGCACUUGGUGUCAUCUCGACAUCGAUCAUCCUUGCUUCCUUCACGCAGCUCCUUUCCAACCACAGAAGCGUGCACUUACGAUUCAGGCGGCACACUGGUUGAUCAUGACGCAUUGAGGCUAUACUGUAAGUGAAGAGCCGCGGCAAGUCGCAUACUUCGUACAUGCGCGCAUCCACGCACCGCGACAGUCAACAGGCAAGUACAGUACAGGCCGCUUUCUCUUGUUCUCUCCCAAUUGCGUUUCUUGCAUUCCUCUGCAAAAUGCAUCACAAUUUCCUUGCAGCAACAGCGUUGCUCUGGCUUUCCGCCGCCGCGCAGAACGCUUCACUACCAACAGUAGACCUUGGAUACAAUGUCCAGCAAGCAACCACCUACGAUACAUCCGCCAAGACUUAUUGGUUCAAUAACAUUCGAUAUGCGAAGGCUCCACUGGGGGAUCUUCGCUUUCGAGCGCCGCAAGCCCCAGACGUCGAUCGAAGUGUCGUCCAGAAUGGCAGUGUGAGCCGGACAUGUCCACAAGCAUAUCCUUCAUGGCUCGGCACAUCGACUUCAUACAUUCCACAAUUUCUGAUGGGGAAGACAAAUUUCACCCUUCCAAAUACCACCGCCGCGGCUGCACCUCCGGCACUCAAUCCGGACGAGACUGAGGAUUGUCUGUUCCUUGACGUUGUAGUCCCGGAGGCUAUCUUCGAGCAAGCUGGAAAGGGCUACGGAAGCCCGGUGCUUGUAUGGAUCUACGGUAAGCUUUUCCAAAAGGAGUAUCAUCUCUCAAUACUGACCCGUCACAGGCGGUGGCUACACUGGCGGAUCCAAGACUGCAUCUGGAAGUCCAGCUGGCCUAAUCAAGCAGAGCCAAAUGGGCGACGACCCAGGUGUCAUCUUCGUCGCAUUCAAUUAUCGUCUGGGUGCCUUUGGGUGGCUCUCUGGCCCAACAUUCCAAGACGAAGGAGGCAUCGCGAACGCCGGCCUCUACGACCAGCGCUUUGCAUUGGAAUGGAUCCAGCGCCACAUCUCGAGGUUUGGAGGGGACCCCAACCGCGUGACUGUGUUUGGAGAGUCUGCGGGUGGCGGCUCUAUCAUGCACCAAAUCACGGCUUUCGGCGGCCAACCUGCUCCCUUCCAGCAAGCAGUCCUUCAAUCGCCAGGCUGGCAACCGCUCGUAUCCAACCAGCAACAGGAGCAAAUCUUCCAGUCGUUCUUAAAGAAUGCCAGUGUCGAGACAUUGGAACAGGCUCGAGCUCUCAACACUAGCGCUCUGCAACUUGCGAACGCAUACCAGAUUCAAGAGUCUCUCUACGGCGGUUUCACUUACGGCCCUGCCGUCGAUGGCGUUUUCGCACCACAGCUACCCGGACAACUUUUGGCCAGAGGUCAAUUCGACCAAAGCCUACGCCUCAUGCUCGGCCACAACGCAAACGAAGGGCUCCUUUUCUCUCCACCGUUCUACAACAACACCGGUGACGUCUUUGCAGUAGAGAUACGGCAGCUGACUCCCACUAUCAACGCAUGGCCGGAUGUUAUUGACUACGUCCACAACACUCUAUACCCUUUGUCAGACUACCCCAACGAACUCGAACGCAGUAACACUUUCAUUGCGGAAGCCAUCUUCACCUGCAACACGUAAGUUCUUCCCCAUCCUAAUCCACUACCCAUCACCAUGUUAACCACCCCCAGCUUCUACCUCGACAAAGCCUUCCUCAACCAAACCUACGCCUACCUCUUCGCCGUCCCACCCGCCCUCCACGGCAACGACGUCGCAUAUACAUUCUACACCGGCGGUCCUAUAGGAAACGACACCGUUGCCUUGGCACUGCAAGACUACAUCACUUCGUUCGCCAAAUGGGGUCGUCCGAAUGGCGACGAGGGAGUUCCGUUCUUCCCCAUGUACCAGGGGAAUGCUACGAUUCAGGUUUUGAAUAUUACGGGGAUCCGAGGCAUGAUGGAUCCGACCGCGAAUCAGAGGUGAGUUGAUCUUGUCCGUGAAUUUGGGAAUGGAGGAGAUUUUGGCUAAUGGUUGAGUGAUAGGUGUGAUUGGUGGCAGAAGGCGUUGUACUACUAG